UCUCUCUCUCUCUCUCUCUCUCUCUCCGUUAGUGAAUCACUCAGCUGAGGUUGGACCUUGCAGUUAAAAAAAAAAACUGGUUACACUUAUGAUCCCGAGCUCCGUCCAACGUCUGGCUCGCGCUUUUUGUUUCCUCGCAUUGGAACACACACGGGCUUUUGCUCCGCAUGCCGACCUUUGCUUCAGACCAGAACAACUUCGCAGGAAUCUGUGAGGUGAUGAUGGAAAGGAAUGGGUACAAUGAUGGGAAGCUCUGCUCAUCCACGCUGGAGUAUCAUGACCUUGAAGCAGCUGAAGCUCUGGUAUGCAUGAGCUCCUGGGUUCAGAGGUCACACAAAGCACGCCCGCUUACUCCAACUUCAGAUUCUUGUGACUCAAUUAGUCCACACCCUGAAACUCUGGAGUCCCCCAAAGACCUAGUGUCCCUCUCUUCACUAUGUAUGACCCCGCCACACAGCCCCAGCUUUGCUGAGACCUCAACGACAUCUGCUAUUAUCAGCACCAUGCCUCCUCUGGCAUGGUCGGGCCUCAAAACAAGUGUCUCACUGCCCAGAAUGUGCCCAGUCUUGACCAACAAGGCAGAAACCCCCUGUGGCCUGCAGCCUGGCAUCACCACAUUCCAACCAAACUCCAUUCCAUCUCAGGCCUCUGAGCCUGGCACACAAUACAGGGCCACCAGUGUGAUAAGACACACUGGAGACACAUCUCUGGAUCAUCACAUGAGCACAGGACAGGAGUCUCAUGAUUCAUCAGAGAGCCCUACUGUACACACUGAAAUUAUUUCUGAUUCUAAAGCUCAGAUCAACAUCUUGACUGAAACACAGACAUACAUUAGUGCUAAAAAUUCAACUGCAGAUGUAGAAAGCACUGCCCCCUCAGCUAGCUCCACAAGCCCCUCCACUCCUGCAUCACAAGCCUCUUCCUCCAUGCCUCAGUCUCCCAUAACCAGUCCAGUCCUCUGCCAGGUAUUUCCUGUGAAUGGGCAAACUGGCAUCAUCUCUGCUUUUGUUCAGACCCACGUUCAAAUGCAGAGCACUGGGCCAAAGCCCAUCCUUUCCCAGUCCACCUCUUUCUCACAACCCCUUCUAAUGGGUCCUUCAAUGGCUCAGGGUACGGUGAUGCUUGUCGUCCCUCAGUCGUCCGUGUCUCCAGCUCCGCCGUGCCAACAAAAUGUUGUGACUGUUGGCAACACUAAACUCCUUCCUCUGGCCCCAGCACCAGUGUACAUACCCUCAAACCAGAGUGGGGCCACCACACACGCGGACUUCUCUCGCAGGCGCAACUACGUCUGCAGUUUCCCAGGAUGUAAAAAGACCUACUUCAAGAGUUCUCACCUUAAAGCUCAUCUAAGAACCCACACAGGCGAAAAACCGUUCAGCUGCCAUUGGGAUGGGUGUGACAAAAAAUUUGCACGUUCCGACGAACUUUCCCGACAUCGCCGCACUCAUACAGGUGAGAAGAAAUUUGUGUGUCCCGUAUGUGACCGACGUUUCAUGCGAAGUGACCACUUGACCAAGCACACUCGUCGUCACAUGACCACCAAACGUUCCACGACAUGGACCACCGACAUGCGUGAGCUGAACAAAACAGCCUCUACUCAGCGUCAGCCAUCACAGUCUUCUGUCUCUCUCAGUGUCCUCGUACCUGCCUCAAACUAGGCCUAAACAAGGGCCAUCCUUUCACCUCAGGACAAUCUUCCUCCCACUGACCAUUGUACAGGGGAACCAUGAAAACCAAGGCUGCUACAUAUCCAUGUACAAUACGGACCGUUGCACUGGAUUUCUUUUCCUACCAUUUGUUGUUGUUUAUAAGGAACCUUUUUUAUAUAUAUAUAUAUAUAUAUAUAUAUAUAUAUAUAUAUAUAUAUAUAUAUAUAAGUUAUGUCUCCCAAAAUGUAUGCACUUCAUUUGCCAAAGUCUUUGUUGGUUCAUGUUACAUUAUUUUAUGCCAUUGUAAAUUUGUAAAUAAAUGUAACUAUAUCUAUAUGAAUGUAAUGUGUAUUCAAACGUGCAUUUAUUGGAAGUAUACAAGCAAAUGUUAAGUUUCUGUAAAAUGAACAGUAUUCUUACCUGUGAUACUACCUAUUAUCUUACUUUGAAUAUUAUUUAAUGACCAUUUGAUGAACCAAAUAAACCUUCAUGUUUAUGUAGUA